CUAUAUAUGGGAGGCACCCGACUCGGGCCAUCUGCACGCUGGUCCCCUGCUUCUCAGCGGAAUUCUCUGCUUUUUUCCCCGGAAUCCUUCCCUCCUCUUCUCGCCUGAAUUCACCAUGCCUUUACCCCCGCAGCUAGUGGGCAAAUGGCGCUUAACGGAAACUAAAGGAUUUGAUGAGUACAUGAAGGAACUGGGAGUGGGGAUGGCCCUCAGGAAAAUGGCUGGGAUGGCCAAACCCGAUGUUUAUAUCAGUGAAAAUGGAGAUACAAUUACUGUUAAGACUGAGAGCACCAUAAAAACUACACAAUUCUCUUGUAAACUUGGUGAGAAGUUUGAAGAAACCACAGCUGAUGGCAGGAAAACUCAGACCAUUUGUACCAUUGACAAAGAUGCAUUGGUCCAGCACCAGACAUGGGAUGGGAAGGAAAGCAUAAUAACAAGAAAAGUAGAAGAUGGAAAGCUCACGGUGGACUGUGUUAUGAACAAUGUCACUUGCCACAGGGUCUAUGAGAAAGUGGAGUAAAGAAAUCCCAUCAUUAUAUGGAACAGGAAUUAGCUGUUAUGAAUGAACCAGCUCAGUUCAAUGAGCAAACUCUCCAACCAAACUUGCUUUUUUCUUCUCUUCCUUUCUGUGGUCUGUCGUCUCAGUGACUGACUACUGCAAACAGUUUUAUUUCUAAGCUUUGAUGUAAUUAGGAUUUUUUUGGCUAAUAAAUAAAGAAUUGUGCUCUUA